AUUUCCCGCAGAAACAGACUUGUCUCCCUUCAUUCCAAGAUGGCGACUACCGGUAAAGACGGAGUAGACAAAAACAACAAAUAUGAUCGACAGCUCAGAUUGUGGGGUGACCACGGUCAGAUUGCUCUGGAGUCUGCCAGAGUUUGCCUUGUCAAUGCUACAGCCACUGGUACCGAGAUCCUAAAGAACCUUAUUCUACCUGGGAUUGGAGCCUUUACAAUUGUUGAUGGUAACAAAGUCCAGGGAGAGGAUGUAGGCAACAACUUCUUCCUCACCAAAGAUUCCCUGGGCGAGUCGAGGGCCAAGGUAGCUACAGAGUUGCUGGCGGAACUGAAUCCUGAUGUUACUGGGGACUUUGUGGAAGAUCAUCCAGAAAAUCUACUGCAGUCCAAUCCAAGCUUCUUCAACACAUUUACAAUGGUGAUAGCCACAAACCUUUGUGAAAGGACAUUACUACAGUUGAGCAAACAGUUGUGGACGAACAAUAUCCCGCUCCUGGUGUGUCGCUGUUACGGAUUUGUUGGUUACAUGAGACUGGCAGUGAGAGAACACACAGUAAUAGAGUCCCACCCUGACAGUAGCCAUGAAGACCUAAGACUAGACAGGCAGUUUGAUGGACUUGUUUCAUAUUGUGAUUCACUAGACCUUGACACAAUGAAUAAGAAGGAUCAUUCCCAUACGCCUUGGCUGGUAAUCCUGUACAAGUACCUACAGGUGUGGAAACAACAGCAUAGUGGUGAAGCUCCAAAAAACUACAAGGAAAAGACACAAUUCAAAGAGCUUAUCAAACAAGGUAUACGUAAGAAUGAGGAGGGUGUUCCCGAGGAUGAAGAAAACUUUGAUGAGGCCAUAAAGAGUGUUAACACCUCGUUAGUCCCUACCAGGAUCCCUGGUGAUGUCCAAAGGCUUUUUGAGGAUUCCUGCUGUAAGGAGUUAAACUCAGAUAGCAAGCCAUUUUGGAUCCUUGUACGAGCAAUCCACGAAUUUGUGGAAGGGGAAGGCAGAGGAGCUCUGCCACUGCGAGGCACCAUCCCUGAUAUGACAGCAGACUCAGAACGAUACAUCCAGCUACAACAGGUUUAUAGAGAACAGGCCGCACAGGAUGUUACCAUAGUAACCAACAAAGUGCACGACCUGGUGCAAACUUUAGGACGGGGUGGGCCUACCAACAUCGCUCCACCACCAGAGUCACCAACUGACCCAGGCAUUUCAGAACAAGACAUCAAGUUGUUUUGUAAGAAUGCUGCCUUCCUGAGAGUGGUACGCUGUCGCAGUCUGGAUCAGGAAUACAGUAGUGCUACAGCAAGAAGUCAGGAAAUUGAAUCUCAUAUUGCUGACGAGGAUAGUGAUGACGAAGUUGUGUUUUAUGUGCUACUGCGAGCGGUAGACAAAUUUUAUGAGGAGUUUAACCGCUUCCCUGGCUGGUACAAUGACCAGGUGGAGCCUGAUAUUCCCCGACUCAAGGUGUCGCUCAUGAAGGUUUUACAGGAAUGGGGUUUGUCUCCUACCAUCAAAGAUGAUUAUAUCCACGAAAUAUGUCGCUAUGGGUCAGCUGAGCUUCACACAGUGGCUUCAUUCCUAGGGGGAGCUGCAGCACAGGAAGCUAUCAAGAUCAUCACUGGUCAGUUCGUUCCAAUAAACAAUACAUACAUUUACAAUGCAAUGAAGCAGACAUCCAUUACUGUAGAGCUAUGAUCAAAUGUGUAAUAUUAACUAUACACCAUGGAACUCUCACAGAGGAUUGUGUUGGUUUCCAUCAACAUUGACAUGAUAGCUUCCAAGAAAGUGUCGAAAGCUGCCAUGGAGACUUCCCCAUACUUACCAUGGAAUCCUUCAUACUGUGUUUUGCUAUAAAAUAAUGGAUAUCACUUGAACUGCUACCAUGGAAACUACAACAAUUAAGUGCAAAAAUUAAGUGCUAAAACUAUAAAACUGUGAUAAAUCAUGUUAAGUGACUGUGUAAUAAUAUGUGGAUAGUUAGAUAUACUGUGUAUAAGAGCAGUACAAUACACACAACCUAGACUGAGUGGUGAUAGAUACAGGUGAUUUAGGAGGACUGUGAUUCUGAUCUACAUACAGCCUCAUUAUUACAGUAAGUUAUGUGAGAUUGCCUGCAGAGCUCAACAAAUUACACAAGCAAGAGGCAUAGUGGCAGCAAGUCACAGGCAGUUAACCUGCUUAAAGAAAGUAGGUUGGCGGUGGACCAGUGACCAUGUCACACCACAGAAUGUCAGCUGUGGACAUCAUAGAUACAGGUGAUUAAGGAGGACUGUGAUUCUAAUUUAUUUACAUGGAGACUUUCCUAGUUAUCACAGUUAAUGCUGUAUCUACAUAGACUUCACUAGUAAUGACAGUUGAUGCAGUAUCGACAUGGAGAUUUUCCUAGUUAUGACAAUUGAUGCGACAAUGACAUCGCAAUUAAAGAUUAUUUAUAAUGCUUGUUUAAUAAGAAAUUGUGUCAUGCCAAUACAAACACAUCACGUUACAAUAAACAAUUGUUGGAAUAUUUAUA